GUUUGACUAGCACAGUCUGGAAGUGGGUUGUGCACGACGAGAGCAGGCAGCCUAAUUGCUCCCCCUGCAUCAGCAGCAUCUAUAAAGCAUCCCGGGAAUUGCUCGCCCUACGUUCAGAGCAGCUGGUCACAUGAGCCUGAAUUUUCAGUUCAGUUCAUUAGUCAGCCAUUUUGGUCAACACCCUGCUUACUGCGCACGACCAAUCCUAUUAGAACUCAGCAUCCCGGCUCCUCUGAGCAGAUCCUGGAAGUGAUUUCUGCAAUUCAGGAUUUUUUUUUUUUUUAAGCUAAACAGAAAAUAUUGGUUUAUUUUUUGUUCAUUUUUUUUCUUUUGUAUAUUUUUUUCUGUAUAAAGAAGGAGGAUUUUUCACUUACUCAUACAGAGGCCAGUUUUUUUAAAGUCAACUGAGGUAUCAUCGGCUGUGCAGGAUUUCAAGCCUCUGCCUCAGCUGAAAAAGAAGGGGGUAGGGAAGGGAAGAUAACAGGAGAGAAGCUGGAAGAAGACAAGCAUCCUCUUAUGUUGCUAUGUGGUAGGAACUGCCUCUGAGAAAAGAUAGCAUAGAAUUAUUUAUCUUAAACAGUUGGUGCUUAAAGCAUAGGCAUUUUUCCAUCUUUUUUUUUUUUUUUUUUUUUUUAAACCCUCUCCCGCCUCUUUUCUUGAGAGCUUUGUUACAGAGCUUCGGAUUUGGGGGUUUCUGUUGAGGAGGGUUUUUAUUUAUUUUUGUUUGGGGUGUGUGUGUGUGUGUGUGUGUGUGUUGUGGUCCCAGCUGAGUCAUCAUGUCUGCUCUGACGCCUCCAACCGACAUGCCAACCCCCACCACUGACAAGAUCACACAGGCUGCCAUGGAGACCAUCUACCUUUGCAAAUUCCGAGUGUCUAUGGAUGGAGAAUGGCUCUGCCUGCGAGAGCUGGAUGACAUCUCACUUACACCUGACCCAGAGCCUACCCAUGAAGACUCUUGGGAGGAUUUGACAGAUUUGGUGGAGCAAAUGCGCGAUGAUACAGAAGAUCCUAAUUAUCUCAUGGCUAACGAACGCAUGAACCUGAUGAACAUGGCCAAGCUGAGUAUCAAGGGCUUGAUCGAAUCUGCUCUGAACCUGGGGAGAACUCUGGAUUCUGACUACGCACCUCUGCAGCAGUUCUUUGUGGUGAUGGAGCACUGCCUGAAACACGGCUUGAAAGCUAAGAAAACUUUUCUUGGACAAAAUAAAUCCUUCUGGGGGCCUCUAGAACUGGUAGAAAAGCUUGUUCCAGAAGCUGCAGAGAUAACAGCAAGCGUUAAAGAUCUUCCAGGACUUAAAACACCUGUAGGCAGAGGAAGAGCCUGGCUUCGUCUGGCACUAAUGCAAAAGAAACUCUCAGAAUACAUGAAAGCUUUGAUCAAUAAGAAGGAACUUCUCAGUGAAUUCUAUGAACCCAAUGCCCUCAUGAUGGAAGAAGAAGGAGCUAUAAUUGCUGGUCUGUUGGUGGGCCUGAAUGUCAUCGAUGCCAAUUUCUGUAUGAAGGGAGAAGAUUUGGACUCUCAGGUUGGAGUUAUAGAUUUUUCGAUGUAUCUCAAGGAUGGGAACAGCAGUAAAGGUAGUGAAGGAGAUGGCCAAAUUACUGCAAUUCUGGAUCAGAAGAACUAUGUAGAAGAACUCAACAGACACCUGAAUGCUACUGUAAACAACCUUCAGGCAAAAGUGGAUGCAUUAGAAAAAUCCAACACUAAACUGACAGAGGAGCUUGCAGUUGCAAACAACAGAAUUAUCACCUUGCAAGAAGAAAUGGAACGAGUUAAAGAGGAAAGCUCCUACAUAUUGGAAUCUAAUCGGAAGGGUCCUAAGCCAGACCGAACUUCAGAAGGGCAAGCGCUGAGUGAAGCCAGGAAGCACUUAAAGGAAGAGACACAACUACGACUGGAUGUUGAAAAAGAACUGGAGAUCCAGAUCAGCAUGAGACAGGAGAUGGAAUUGGCUAUGAAGAUGCUGGAGAAGGACGUCUGUGAGAAGCAGGACGCCCUGGUGUCUCUGCGGCAGCAGCUGGACGAUCUCAGGGCUCUUAAGCAUGAACUUGCCUUCAAGCUGCAGAGUUCGGACUUGGGAGUAAAACAGAAAAGUGAACUGAACAGUCGCUUAGAAGAGAAGACGAAUCAGAUGGCUGCUACCAUUAAACAACUGGAACAAAGUGAGAAGGAUUUGGUGAAACAGGCAAAGACCUUAAAUAGUGCAGCAAAUAAACUGAUUCCAAAACAUCAUUAGGCAUUUUACAGCUGGUCACCUCACAAGUUGGAUAUCACGACUUAAUUGUGAAAGGAAGAAAUUUGAAAGCUAUUGCAUUUACGCUCUGAUUCUAUAUAAAAUGUCACCAAAAAUUGACUUUGAAUUUGCUGGACUUUAAAAAAAAACAGUUUGAUAUAUAGGCUGUGUUUUUUCCUUCUUCUUUAUUUUCUCCCCAGAGGUAGCAAAUUUAGUAUAAGUUCUUAAUUAAAUACCAAAUAAACUUUGAGAAAUUACUUCUGAGUUGACCAAUAUAUAAACACCCCAUUAAAAAAAAAUCCUAGGGAAUGGAAGCUCUGUACAUACAUGAUUGAUGCCUUUACAACCCAGUCCCCAAUAAUACCAGUUUCUAGGUACAAUGUCUGUGUCAGUGAGCCUGUUCUGCCCAAUGUAAUGAACUAGAGGUGACGACCACACAGUUUUGGACUCUCCUAAAGUAGUUCUGUGUCUCUUAGGCCAUGACCCCUUUUCACUUUGGUUAUAUAGGUUUAAUCCCCAAGCCAAGGAUAAGUACUUAGUAUUUCACUACAGUCCUCUUCUCCAUAACCAACAUUGCUUGCAACCUUUUUUGCCUUAGUGACUUCAGGGGAUAAAAAACAGCAUACUUCCGUUUCUUUAAAGUCAUAGAGAUAAAUUUAGUGAUUAGGUAACUUAUGAUAACAUAAUAAUGUGGAAGCUUGGGAAAACCCUCCUAAUAUUUGUCAUCUUCUACCUCUGCCAUUUUCCUGCAAUUCCACUUCCUAUUUAAGUAGCUCAGAGAAAACAGUUUUAAUACAGACACUCCUCUACUAUAUAAAAAAAUAUGCUACACAUUUUUCAGAUCUUUUCUGCUUUUCCUUUUGAAGUAAAGAUGACAAGGCAUGGACCCGAGUAAUGGUUCCCUGCCUCUUGUUUCUUGCUGAUAACCUCUACUUAAGAGUUUCUAUUACUUUUUGUUCAAAAGGGAAUUUGCUUAAGUUUUCAGAAAAAUAACAAUCUGUUAGAAAACCAUUUCAGAGUAGGAAACAGACAAAUUUAAAUAAACUUAUAUUUGUUAUUAUUUAGUCAAAUAUUCCCAGUAGGUAUUCAUAAACAGUAAUUAGCAGGGCUUCUUUUUCUAAGUGACCACAGGUCUAAUCCUUCCUAGACUUUACAUUGUAAUAAUCCUAUAAAUACUUUGAUUUUUAUAAUGACUUGAUUUGGGAGGGACAGGCAUUACAUAAGCCUUUAUUCCUUCAAAAAAGGCUUGGCAAAAUUUUUGUUUUCCUCUUUUUUCUCAUUCUGAUGGGAUUUGCAGCAUUUCAGCUGCUUAAGUGGGGACAAAGAUAACCCCUUUGCUUCCAGCUGUUGAAAUUCUUUAUCACCUUAGUAAAACCAGAAUUAAGAGGGUAAGAUAGAUUUUUAUAGGUGUGUUUUUAUAGGUCCUUGCAGACUUGAGCCAAAGUCAAGUCAAAGAGCCUAUGACCAACGUCAUGGAAGCUCCUAUGCUUUUGAACUUAGUUUAUUUCUUAUAAUUUUGCAUCUACUCUUAUCUUCAUCAACCUUUUAUGGUGAUGAGUUGCCUUUUCUAUGAGUAUUUGGAAGGAGUGCUCAAACACCAAAAUAAAACAUUUUAAAGACUACACAUAGCAUGCUUCCAAAUUCUAGUAGAGAGAGCCCCAGAUACUUCACCUUAGAACAUACUUUUUAUAGGUGCAAAGUUAUAGGAUAUUUGGGAGAAAACAUUCAUCAGAAUCUUCCAGAGAAUAUGGUCAGGAGUCUUAGGCAGGCCCAAUGCUGAAAUGCUUGUCCAGUUAGUCACACACUAUGUGGCAGAUAUGGAAAAGCAAAGAGAUGGCCAGACUCUGACAAAGGCUUUUCAUUAUGUUAAAACCUGAAGCCUGGGUAAAGGUUGAUGUAUAGUGUCCAGUGAUUUAAUAUACUUUGUGGUUAAGGAAAGGGACAAGGAAAAUGUUCUAAUUCCGUGUCAUAAGAAGGUAGUUGCCCAUUUGCAAGUUCCAGUUAUGAGUGUAAAACAGAAAUAUAAAGUACCAAACCUAUUAGGAAAUAAAAAAAAGUGGAUUUAACUUUAAUUACUGUGUACUUGAAGUUGGCUUUGGUAUGGAUUUUCUAAAAAGUGAUGUUUUAUUGUUUAUCAUCUAAUGGCUGUAAACUGUAGUACUAGAAUAAAAAAAAAAAUGGAAAAUCA